CCUCCCAGGAGUCCCAUUCACAUCGCUCGGCUCCCUUCCCUUGUCACAGAGGCAGCAGAAGGACAGCCCGCCCUUCCCUGUGCAUCCAGCUUCCACACUACCGAACUCAGCCGCCCGCCCAUUGCUGCCGCCACCCCACCCUCUUCCUCUCACAUCAUCAGAACCGGCAAGGAGUCCAGGGGGGACAUACAGUGUGGUGGGCGGAGGUGGAGAGGAGAGGAGGACUCUCCGCACACUCAGCUGUGAUACGCCGGACUCACUGCACUUCUGUCCUAGCUAGAGCCUCGGACACAGCCGCAUCCCGGGAGGGAGCCUGAGCGUCACCUGAGAGCCGGAGAGUCACCUGAGCGGCUCCUACAUCCCGUCCUCCGGAGGGCAGACAUGGAAGAUGGACCUUCUUCUGAAGGCUGCUUUAGAAGGUUUACAGACUGCUUUAUAAGCUCCAGUUUAACUGAUGAAAAAGUGAAAGCAUAUCUGUCCCGCCACCCUCAGUUAUUGGAUGAGUUUGUAUCAGAAAGCGUUGCUUCUGAAACUGUAGAAAAAUGGAUGAAGAAAAAAAAUAAAAAUGAAGAUUUAACACCCACAGAAGUGAGCAGGCAGUAUCAGGAUACAAAUAUGCAAGGAGUGGUUUAUGAGCUGAACAGUUACAUGGAACAACGGCUGGAUGCUGGCGGAGACAAUAAAUUACUCUUGUAUGAAUUAAGUGAUAUCAUCAAAACAGCUACAAACGCUGAUGGAUUUGCACUAUAUUUCCUUGGAGAUUGCAAUAAUAGCUUAUGUUUGUUCACACCAACUGGAACAAAGGGUGGACAGACACAGUUAACACCUGCUGGACCAGUUGAAUAUGGCACUACAAUAUCUGCACAUGUAGCCAAAUCCAGAAACACUUUGUUGAUAGAAGAUAUUAGUGGGGAUGAACGGUUCCCAAAAGGUACUGGGCUGGACUCAGGGACUUGUAUCCAGUCUGUUCUGUGCUUACCAAUUGUUACAGCUAUUGGAGACCUUAUUGGAAUUCUAGAACUUCAUAGGUACUGGGGAAAAGAAGCCUUCCGCCUCUGUCACCAACAGGUGGCAACAGCAAACCUUGCCUGGGCAUCAGUAGCAAUACAUCAAGUGCAAGUAUGCAGAGGAUUGGCCAAACAAACAGAGCUAAAUGACUUUUUAUUAGAUGUAUCCAAAACAUACUUUGAUAACAUAGUUGCAAUAGAUUCAUUACUUGAACAUAUUAUGAUAUAUGCAAAGAACCUAGUGAAUGCAGAUCGCUGUGCACUUUUUCAGGUUGACCACAAAAACAAAGAAUUAUAUUCUGACCUUUUUGAUAUCGGUGAAGAAGAUGAAGGAAAACCAGUUUUCAGAAAGACCAAAGAAAUAAGAUUCUCUAUUGAGAAAGGUAUAGCUGGUCAAGUUGCAAGAACAGGUGAAGUUCUUAAUAUACCUGAUGCCUAUGCAGAUCCACGCUUUAACAGAGAAGUGGAUCUAUAUACAGGUUAUACAACAAGGAACAUUUUAUGCAUGCCUAUUGUAAGCAGAGGCAGUGUUAUUGGUGUUGUCCAAAUGGUGAACAAACUGAGUGGAAGUGCCUUCUCUAAAACCGAUGAGAAUAACUUCAAAAUGUUUGCUGUUUUCUGUGCUUUAGCCUUACACUGUGCAAAUAUGUACCACAGAAUACGUCACUCAGAGUGCAUUUACCGAGUGACUUUGGAGAAGUUGUCCUAUCAUAGUAUUUGUACUUCAGAAGAAUGGGAAAAUCUUAAGAACUGUAACCUUCCAGUAACUCUUUGUAAGGAAAUUGAACUUCAUCAUUUUGAUUUAGGGCCUUUUGAAGAUCUAUGGCCCGCAAUCUUUGUGUAUAUGAUACAUCAAUCCUGUGGUAAAAAUUGUUUUGAGCUGGAAAAAUUGUGUCGUUUCACUAUGUCAGUGAAGAAAAACUAUCGACGAGUACCUUAUCAUAACUGGAAACAUGCAGUAACUGUGUCGCAUUGUAUGUACGCCAUAUUACAGAAUAGCAAAGACCUAUUCACAGAUUUGGAGAGAAAGGGGCUUUUGAUUGCAUGUUUAUGCCAUGACUUGGAUCACCGGGGGUAUACUAACACCUACUUACAAAAGUUUGAUCAUCCAUUGGCGGCAUUAUAUUCUACGUCAACAAUGGAACAACACCAUUUUUCUCAGACUGUGUCUAUUCUGCAGCUGGAAGGGCACAAUAUCUUCUCCAAUUUGGGUUCUUGCGAGUAUGAACAAGUGCUGGAAAUUAUCCGCAAAGCCAUUAUUGCCACAGACCUUGCACUGUAUUUUGGAAAUCGAAAGCACUUAGAGGACCUUCAUCAAACCGGCGCGCUAAAUUUUAACAACCAAGCCCACAGAGAUCGCAUGAUUGGGUUAAUGAUGACUGCAUGUGAUCUCUGCUCUGUGACAAAGCUAUGGCCUGUGACCAGACACAUUGCUGAUGACAUAUAUGAUGAAUUCUGGACAGAGGGGGAUGAAAUGAAGAGGCUGGGUAUUUCACCCAUACCAAUGAUGGACAGAGAGAAAAAAGAUGAAAUUCCUCAUGGACAGAUUGGGUUCUACAAUGCAGUAGCUGUUCCUUGCUAUACAACGUUAUCCCAGAUAUUUCCUUCUACACGACCUCUUCUUACUGCUUGCAGGGAUAAUCUCAGUCAAUGGGAGAAAGUGUCCAGAGGAGAAGAUACUACAGGCUGGCUUCCUACCCAAUCAACAGUGACAGGAUCAGCAGAUUCCUUGCCGGUUAAGAUUGAUGACUAAAGCUGAAUACACUCAGAAUGGGAGUUAUAAGAAGGCAUGUGUGCACAGAUGCCACAUAGAAAUCACUCAAGCCCAGUAUAGAGAAUAGAAGUAAAUGUUCUGGAAUGUGUAUUUUAUGUUAAAAAAAAGGGGGAAAGCUGGAGUAUACCAAAAUAUUAUGUUUGGUCAUCUGAUCUUUAAAGUGGUUUCUAUAGUUGCUCUAAUGGAUUGUUGUGCUUUAGGGCCCACCUGGUAAUAAAAUGCUGCAGCAGGUCCUAGCAUCCAGAUACAUAUCAAAGAUCUACAGCAUAGCUGUCAGAUUAAAACCACAUCAUUUGAGCAGUAAAUGUGUAUUACCAUGUACAGUAAGUAGUUAAAAGCACAUGAUAAAAAUGCUAAUAUGCUAAAAAUGCUAAUAUAUUUAGCAGUUCUGAUACACAUAAAAUGUUUCUUGAUUUCAAAUGGAUACUUUAUUUUCCAUACCUAAUUUUGAUGGCAUUAUUAUGCACUUUCAUUAUAAAAUGAAGCAUUGUGCAGCAAAGAAAAAAAAGGCAAACAAAAAAUGAAAACAAAUUUUCAGAACUUUGUAGAAUCAAAAGUUGAUAUUAGAAGGUACUGUGAUGUUUUUUGUGUCGGCUUUUAGAAAUUUCUCAGAAUCUGAAUAGCUGGAAUAAUGUCAACAUUACUGAUCGUUUAGGAAUCCAGUGCCUUCUAAUUUAGAAGAAUAUUUGCUGCAAAAAGUAAAACUACUCUAAUGAACUGGUUUAACAUUGCAUGUUAAAGGGAAGAAAUUGUAAUCAUUUUUAUUUUGGUCAGAGCAGAGAUUGUUUUUUGUUUUUCAUUUUUUUCAUAGUCUGUUAGCCACCCCCUGAAAAACUUGUGUAAAUCACUUGAUACUUUCUUACAUCCAUUUCUUACGUCCAUUGUAUUUUUUAGAAACCAUUAUUCCUCUGUUUUGUUUGCAAAAUGUUACUGUUUCUUGAUGUUGGCAUUAGGCCUCAUGCAACCUGGAUGUUUUGCUCCAAGGCAUGGGACACUAGAGUUUAGGUGCACAGUACACUAUCCAACCCCACUUCCGGAACCCUGUCAAACUCUGUGUUUUUUGUUUACAGUAGCAGUUGGGGGCAGUAAAAUCAUACAGAUGAGCUGAGGUUUUAAAGCCCCCAAGCCCCCCCCCCCUUUGGCUGCAAAGACAGCAGAGGUGUGUAUAUGUAUUCUGUGGCUGCAAAUCUUUGUCACGUUCAACUGAAUGGGAGGCGGCAUGCUAAUGCAUGGUUCAGGGGGUUUAAGGCAGCCGGUGAGGAGGUGAUACAACACCUCGUUACCACUUGUCAAAUGUUUUCUGAAGAGUGGUCUAAAUGUGGAUGGCUCUUCAGAGAGUAACACUAGUGUAAACUUUCCUUGUAAAAGGCUGUUGUGACUGGACAGUGUUCAUAGUGGUACUUAAUAUUAGAGCAAUAUGUUCCCAGGGAUGUAUGCUUGGAUUGGAAGUAUGUCUGCAGGGAUAGACAAUACACCUGUACCCUCUACCCACACCUAAAUGCUGGUGCCACGGCUGAAUGUCUAAAUGCCCUGUGUGUAUGGUGCCUUCCAGUUAACUCCCUAAUUGUGACUAUAAUUUCCCAUCAAAAAUGUCAUACCCAUGGUUUUCUAUUUGUUCUGCAUUGGAGUCAGUGACACCUGUGUCCCUGUGUUGGAUACUUAUAACAUCCAGGAACAGGUACAACAAAUGAAAAUGGUUUGUGAAUUGAGGCCCUGGGGUAUAUGCAGUUUUGUCUCACAGCGGAUUAUGCUCCAAGCUGAAAAAUUAUAUUAAUGCAUUUCCCAGUAUAGGAAUACAUGGGCAUAGUUUUCUGUCUGGAGACUAGUUGGAGGAUUAUAGUUUACUUGUCAGUGAACUAUAUAGCUGGCUAGUUGCUUGCCCAGUAUAUAAUACUAUCAUGAAUGACAUUUAGAGGGCAUAUUUAGCCCAAAUUAAAUGUAAAUAAAUUUGAAGGAUGCAUUGCAGUUGUAAAUUAGUUUUACUAGUACAUGAUAUGCCACAGCCCUUGUACCUCAUUUUAGAAUAAGAUGCACGAAGAAUUAGGAAUAACGAAUAUGUUCCAAAACAUGAAGUAGUGUUAAAAAGUAUGUCAGUGUUUGAAUUUUGUGUUCUGAAAUAAUGUAAAUGAAAAACAGUUCAAGGUCCUAUAGUUGCCUUUUGUUACAGGCAUUUUGUUGCCAUGCAAGGCAGAAGUUUAGGUGCUGCCCCAACAAUAGCACUACUAAGCCUUCUAUCAAAGCCCCAAACCACAGUCACAAAUGCCUCUGUGGAUGCUAAAAAUACGAUGCAGAUCAUGCAACAAAACAUUUGUUUCUCGGUAUUCACAGAAUGUCAGAGAAAAACAAAAACCAAGAACUUGAUUCUGUGCUCCUCCUUGAAGGAUGCCACUUUCUCAUCUUAUGGUAAAAAUUGAAUAGUAUGCAUUGUUUUUGUAGGGCCUUUCAAAAAUAUAUGAGAACAUAAUUUAUACUUUUCAUGUGAAAGUCUUUUUUUCCCUGGCACAACUGAAAAAGAAAGCACAUUUUCUUAUUAGCUGCUUUGAGUUAAAACACCUUUUUUAUGGAAGUGUCAUAUGUUUUUCCUCUUUUAGCAGAACCUUGUUAAAAUUGGCCAAUAUUCUGUGCUGUGGGUAAGGCAAAAAAAAAAAAAAAAAACAUGGGAAGCCGCAAAGCUUAUACCUUCAUGAGCUGCACUGAAUGACCGGAAUGCCAGAGAAUAACAAAAGCCAAGAACUUUGUUCUGUGCCCCUCCUUGAAGAAAACCACUUAAGAUGAUAGAAAUUGAAUUGUAUACAUUGUUCUUGUAGAGCCUUUCAAAAAUAUGGCAUAGAUUAUACCUCAACCAUCUUUUUCGUGAAAGAGUAUUUAUUUUUUAUUUUUAGCGGAACCUUGUUAAAAUUGUCCAAUAUGCUGUGCUGUGGGUAAGCCAAAUUAAAAAAAAAAAAAAAAA